CAGAAAUGUAUCGUGUUACUAUCGCUAUCCCGUCGGCACACUCCGCCACCCCUUGGACUGUCUUUGUUCCGGCGGCCUUCCGCCUGUAGCGGCACGAUCUUUCUGAAGCCAUGGGGAAGAAAACACGGACGGGUACCGGACGACGGACGAUCUUACAGCUUUCACCACCCGCACCUCGUAGCGUCAUUGGUGGAGGUGCCAUUUGUAGGGAGGAGGCUCUGGGAUCGGCGUCCGAAGAUGAGCAGGAAGGCAUCGGGGACAGCCAUAUCCACAGUAUCCCGAAAGACGUUAUGGUGGACAGGAGGACCCCUGCUGUUAAGGCUACCGAGGGUUUGUCCUUGCUGGGUGCCUACGAAGACAGUGAGGAAGAGGAGGACGAGAUGGCCUCUCAGCCUGCCCUGGCGAAGCCCAAACACAACCAGACGGCUGACAUUGACAGCACACUUGCCAACUUCAUGGCUGAAAUUGACGCGAUAACCACCCAUCCGGCUCAGCUGUCAGAUGAGCUGUCGGUGAACCCCCCUCCCCCUACACCACCACGUCCCAACCCUAAAGACCAUCAGCAUGCAUCUGCUCCAGUGGAGGUUGGCCUGGGCUCCGAGUUCCAGUACGACACCCAGUGCUCGCUGGCCGGGGUUGGUGUAGAGAUGGGUGACUGGCAAGAAGUGUGGGAUGAGAACACAGGGUGCUACUAUUACUGGAACACGCAGACUAAUGAGGUGGCUUGGCAGCUGCCCCACUAUUUGGCUCACCAGGUGCAGGGCCUGCAGCAGUACACUGACAGUUUGACCACAGCCAUCAAUGGCAAUGGAUCCAUGCAGUCUUCCACAUUCUACGUGGGUCAGCAUCCCUCCAGAGGCGCCACUUCCACCGGCAUGCCAGCGUCCGUGAAAGAGGGGAAGAAGAAGGAGGUGAUGGAGAGCGUAGUGGCCCUGACGAGUGAGGAGGAGGAGCGUCGAGGUGUGGCCGCGUCCCUGCUGGCCCCGCUCAUCCCCCCGGAGGUGAAGGUAGCAGAGGAGAAGUGGAGGAAAAGUGCCCUCGGGAUCCUGGAGGAGACAACGGAAGGCCAGCCGGACUCCGAGAGCGAGAGUGGCUGCCCCCCCAUGUCUCCACUCCCCGGGGACACGGAGGCCAGUGUCCAAGGUGACCUUCGCAGCAGGACCCAGUCAGCGGAGAGCUCGGAGGGUGAUGAGGCGGAGAUGGAGGAGGUGGAGGAGGACACCGUGGAGUUGGAGUUGGCCCUGGAAAGGAAGAAGGCUGAGCUGCGGGCCCUGGAGGAAGGAGACGGCAGUGCUGGGGGCUCGAGCCCCUGCUCUGAGACCAGCCAGGAGGGGACUCGGGGAACUGUGCUCAAGAAGAGCAAGUGGAAGACGGCCUUUCUGCGAGCACCAAGCCCUGACUCUAACAGCCACGGGUCAGCUAAGACUGGACGGGACACACCAGAGCCUGUCGACGCAGCGGAUUCCAAGACUACAGAGAAGCUCGGAAAAGAGGAGUUGAUGGAGACCAACACAUCGGUAGAGAAAGCCAAGCUAAGAGCAACUUCUAACGAGGAGGAGAACGUCGACCUGAAGUUCCAGAUCGGAGAGCUUGCCAACACCUUAACCAACAAGAUGGAGUUCCUCGGCAUUAAUAAAAAAGCCAUUUCUAACUUCCAGCUGCUCCUGCUACAGACCGAGACCCGGAUCACCGACUGGCGGGAAGGCGCUCUCAACGGGCACUACCUGCGGAGAAGGUUGCAGGAGGCCGCUGAGCACAUUAAACAUUACGAACUUAACGCCGCCCCUAAAGGCUGGUCCUGCCACUGGGACAGGGAGCACAGGCGAUACUUCUACGUGAAUGACCGGACCUCUGCCUCGCAGUGGGACUUCCCAGCAGAGGGGGAUGGAGAGGAGAAGAUGGGAGAGCCUGUGGACGUCCAGGGAGAUGCCAAGCCCCCACCAGAGCCCCCUACAGCCCCCCCUGUGUACCUGGGCACCCCCUCAUUGCAGACUGGCAUGCAGUCUUACUGUACGCUACCCCAGCCCCCCCCUCCUCCAGAUGAUCCCCCUCCCCCCUCAGACUACCCACCACCUCCACCGCCACCUCCAGAGUCUCCUCCCCCACCCCCGCCGCCCCCCCUGAGCGAUGACGGAGAGAUUGAGGAGGUGGAGAUGGAGGACGAGGAGGGUGAGCCCCCAGCCCCAGGGACUGAGGAGGACGGCAGUCGUAAGGCUCCUGCGCCUCCUGGCAUGUCUGCCGGAAAGGGCGGCGAGUCAGCGUCCUCCCCUGGCAUGCCAGCCAAGGCCCCUAAGCGCAAGGCGGCCGGCUCUGGCCAGCCGCUCAAGGCAGUCACCAUCGGAAGCAGCCCCAUCCUGUACAGCCAGGCCGCCCCCAUGCCAGCAGUUCCUGGGAUCUCUGCCCCAGCUUACUGGAGUAUGGUGGCCAGUGCACCCCCCCAGCCCCCAGCGGAAACGACAGCCCUCCCUGUGGUGGCACCCCCCUCCCAGCCUACGCCUCCCAGUGCCCCCCAGGACCCUGUACCUGGGAAGGUGGUGCCUGUGGACAAAGUGAAAAAGCUAAAGAAAGACAAGACAAAGAAAAGCAAGACAAAGAUGCCAUCUCUGGUGAAGAAGUGGCAGAGCAUCCAGCGGGAGCUGGACGAGGAGGAGAAGUCCAGCUCCAGCGACGAGGACCGGGAGCAAGUGAACAGCAAGCGUAUUGAGGAAUGGAAGCAGCAGCAGCUGACCAGUGGUAAAUCAGUCAAAAAUGCCAACUUCGAGGCCCUACCACAGGACUGGAGGGAACGUCUGCUGAAGAAGAGGAAGAUGAUGCACAGCACGUAGCAACUGAUUGGCUGGGGGCGGGGCUCAGUCCAGCCACACCCUGUCCCCCCAGGCCAUAGACCUGCGUCCCUCCAGCAGGCCCAGGGUCAUCUUUGUGCUGUGGGGGGGUGGGAGUGGGGGGUAGGGUUUUCAGCAGUCCUGUUUUCAUAAACUGCCACACUUGCCGUCUUCUAAUCUCCAGGUAACACACUUUGGUCAAAAGCUGUUAUUUCUAGCUUAUUUUCCCAGAGCUGACUGGCUUCUCGGUGUCCCUUGUCAUGUGCCUGGAUACGUCACAGGCAAAACGUUCACGUGGGUUUUAUUUUACCCUGCUUCUGUUCAUUUAAAAAUAACUCUUACAUUGGACAAUGUAUUGAUUCAGUCUUAUGUCAGUGACUGCUUAAUGGUGUAUGACUGACGGGUGGGAAUGUUGGGGUGCAUCCUAAUGGAAACGUCAGCCCCCUAUUUGGAACAGCCCUCUGAUUUUUUUAUAGUGUUACAUGUGUUUUUCAAAUGGAGGCACCAUAUCAGACGUGCCAAGGAAUGUACCACUGUCUCUCUCCAGGGGCAAAUCCAUUAAAGAGAUCCCAUUAAAGCCCUCCCCUCAUCUCUACACUUAGACUGCCAUCUUUUACCAGUUGCGAAGCACCACACCAAGACCGAAACCGUAAAACUUCCUAGGGUUCUUAUGUUUUACCUCUUUUGUUGUUUUUUUUGCGAUUUGGAGAGAUGCAAAUGUUUUGUAUAUGUAUGUAAAUAGUGAUUAAACAUUUUUUCAACUUGA